AUGGGAUCGAAUGUUGAUGCUGCGACUGCGAUUCCCGAUCUUCGUCCUCCGAUGGUUGACCAAUACGAGAAUCCUUACUUCUUGCAUUCCUCUGAUCACGCCGGACUCAUUCUCGUCUCCGAUCGUCUUGCCUCUGGAUCUGACUUUCACUCAUGGCGUCGAUCCGUUCGUAUGGCUCUCAAAGUUCGGAACAAAUUGGGCUUCAUUGACGGUACAAUUCCUAAACCGCCUAAUGGUCAUAGAGAUGCUGGUAGUUGGUCUAGGUGCAAUGAUAUGGUAGCUACGUGGUUGAUGAACUCUGUGACGAAGAAGAUAGGUCAAAGCUUGUUAUUCAUGUCAACUGCUGAACAAAUUUGGAAGAACUUGUUGUCUCGGUUUAGGCAGGAUGAUGCUCCUCGUGUUUACGAGAUUGAACAACGUUUGAAUUCUAUUCAGCAAGGUUCAAUGGAUGUUAGCACGUACUAUACAGAGUUGGUUGCAUUGUGGGAAGAGCAUCACAAUUAUGUUGAGCUUCCUCUAUGUACUUGUGGUCGAUGUGAGUGCAAUGCCGCUGCUUGUUGGGAGAAAUUGCAGCAGCGGAGCAGGGUUACGAAGUUCUUGAUGGAAUUGAAUGAAGUCUAUGAGCAGACUCGUCGUCACAUUCUUGUUCUGAAGCCGAUUCCUUCCAUUGAGGAUGUUUUCAACAUGGUGGCUCAGGACGAACGUCAGAAGAGCAUCAAGCCUCCGACGAAGAAUAAUGUGGCUUUUCAGAAUUCAGGCCCUGUUGCUUUGAGUGGAGAUGUUGCUGAGAAUGGUUGCUACACUGGUCCCUCUGAGAAUGCUGCUUAUGCUGCUACUUAUUCGCGUUCCCAGAAACCUGUGUGUACCCAUUGUGGACGGAUUGGUCAUACUAUACAGAAGUGCUACAAGCUUAAUGGAUAUCCUCCUAGUCAUAAGUUUUCCUCCAAGCCUUCUUCUGCACCUCCGUACCCGCAACAAGGACCUCGUCAAUCUUUUCCGUCUAAUGCAUCUCAGAAAGCUAAUGCUGUUGCUAAUGUUGUGGCGGGUCCGAUGGGAACUUCUCCAGCUCUUGAUCUCACUCACUUCACAACUGAACAAGUGCAAUCCUUGAUCAAUCAACUCAGUGCCCGUGUCCAAGUUUCAGAGCAAUCGUCUCCUUCCCUAUCUGCAUCUAUUACAACGAAUGGUUACAUGGAUCCUCAAUCUACUUCUGGACCAUAUUCGGGCUUGACGAUUGGUAGAGGGAUUCUGAUUCAUAAUCUCUAUAUUCUCGAGUCGGCUGCUUUGCUUUCUUCUCGCCACUUCUGCGGUUCUUCUGUGGAUGGUCAUGUUUUGCAUCAGCGUCUCGGACAUCCUUCUUCUGCUAAGCUACAACAUAUUCCUGGUAUUUUACCAUUGUCCAAGUCGAGUCAUAGUCAUUGUGAGCAGAACUCAGUCGUUGAAAGGAAACAUCAGCAUCUUCUCAAUGUUGCUCGAGCUUUAAUGUUUCAGUCUAAUAUGCCUUUGGUUUAUUGGAGUGAUUGUGUUUUGACAGCUGUGUUUCUUAUCAACCGGACACCGUCAUUGCUUUUACAGAAACGCUCUCCCUAUGAGGUAUUGUUUCAGAAACCUCCUGAUUACGCUUUUUUGCGUUCGUUUGGCUGCCUCUGUUAUGUCUCGACUCAUCUCAAAGAUCGGAACAAGUUCAGUCCUCGUGCAGUUCCAUGUGUUUUUCUUGGUUAUUCUUUUGGUUAUAAAGGAUACAAGGUUUUAAACUUGGAUACUAAUCAGGUUUCUGUUUCUCGUAAUGUCAUAUUUCACGAGACUGUUUUCCCUUUUAAACAGAAUUCUCCUGCUUCACCGAUUGAUGACUUGUUUGAUACAUUUGUCUUGCCGGUUUCUACUCCUGUGGCUCUUAGUCCAGUAGUUUCUCCUCCUGCGAACCCAGUAAAUUCUGACCCUUCUCCUACUUCUGCUUCUCCUGAAGUUUCUCUUACUCCAGCAGAGUUGGUUCCUUCCUCUUCUCCUUUACUGCCUACUUCUAGUGAUAACCAUGCAUCUGCAUCUGUUAGUCCUGCAUCUAGUGAUAAUGUUCAAAUUCCCACUGAUUCACAUGCAUCAAUAUCAUCUGCAUUACCUCCGCGGGACACUAGUGCUUCGUCUUCUCGGAAGAAGGCUGUUACAACUGACACAAGGAAUGGUCCACUUCCCAUUGUUCGUCCGAAGAGACAAGGUAAGACGCCUAGCUAUCUUUCCGAUUACCAUUGUUCUCUCUUUGCUCAAUAUACAACACCUAAAGUUGCUCCUUCUAUUGCACCUCACAUCCCUUUUCCUCUUUCCUCUGUUCUUGCUUACCAUAAACUUCGUCCUCCAUAUCAAUCUUUCAUUCUUUCAAUAACAAUUGAGACGGAACCGAAGAAUUUUUUGGAAGCCAUUACAAACCCAUUCUAG